CAAAGAAGAAAAAAACCCUAACAAAAAAAUUGUUCGAUCAUCAAUGUCUCCUGACAACAAACUUCUUCCGAAGCGGAUCAUCCUCGUACGUCACGGCGAAUCCGAAGGUAACCUCGACACGGCUGCUUACACGACAACACCGGAUCCCAAGAUCCAGUUAACCGAAUCCGGUUUGCUUCAGGCGCAAGAAGCCGGAGCUCGUCUCCACGCGUUGAUCUCAUCAAACCCUUCUUCACCGGAGUGGCGCGUGUACUUCUACGUUUCACCGUACGAUCGGACGCGAUCUACGCUCCGAGAGAUCGGACGGUCCUUCUCGCGUCGCCGUGUGAUCGGCGUUCGAGAAGAAUGUCGGAUUAGGGAACAAGACUUUGGGAAUUUCCAGGUUGAGGAGCGAAUGAGAGAGACCAAAGUGGACAGAGAGAGGUUUGGUCGGUUCUUCUACCGCUUCCCGGAGGGUGAAUCCGCCGCCGACGUGUUUGAUCGUGUCUCCAGUUUUCUUGAGUCUCUAUGGAGAGACAUAGACAUGAACAGGCUACACAUCAACCCGUCACAUGAGUUAAACUUUGUGAUUGUCUCGCACGGUUUAACAUCACGUGUCUUUCUGAUGAAAUGGUUCAAGUGGACCGUGGAACAGUUUGAGGGACUAAACAAUCCAGGGAACAGCGAGAUCAGAGUCAUGGAGUUAGGACAAGGCGGUGACUACAGCUUGGCGAUUCAUCACACGGAUGAAGAGUUAGAGAGAUGGGGUUUGUCACCAGAGAUGAUUGCAGAUCAGAAAUGGCGUGUUAACGCACAUAAAGGCGAGUGGAAAGAAGAUUGUAAGUGGUAUUUUGGUGAUUUCUUUCAUCUUUUGGCUGAUUCGGAUAAAGAAUGUGAGACUGAGGCAGCCAUUGAAGAAGAAGAAGAACAUGGGGAAGUGGAAAACAAUCUUCUAACGAACUCAGAAGAUAACAAUGAGGAGGAGUUAUGCAAUGGACAAUGCAGCUGA